CCUCCCAGGCAUUCCUCCUGCCGCGUUGCGCCGUUCUCCUCCUUCUUUUCCUUUUCGCUGGGUUCCUUCCGCUGGGCGCGAUGGAACCGCGGCGCGGGGCGGCCGCAGCUCUGCUGGUGCUGCUGUGCGCCGGCUGUGCGCCGCGCUCCGGGCGGGCCCAGUACGAGCGCUACAGCUUCCGUAGCUUCCCCCGGGACGAGCUGAUGCCACUCGAAUCGGCCUACCGGCACGCGCUGGACCAAUACAGCAGCGAGCACUGGGCAGAGAGCGUGGGCUACUUGGAGAUCAGCCUGCGGCUGCACCGCCUGCUGCGCGACAGCGAGGCCUUCUGCCACCGCAACUGCAGCACGGUGCCCCAGCCUGAUUCCCCCGCCGACCUCGCCCGCUACCCGGAGCUGCGCCUCUUCGGAGGCCUGCUGCGCCGAGCGCACUGCCUCAAGCGCUGCAAGCAGGGCCUGCCAGCCUUCCGCCAGUCGCAGCCCAGCCGCGAAGUGCUGGCCGACUUCCAGCGCCGCGAGCCGUACAAGUUUCUGCAGUUCGCCUACUUCAAGGCAAAUAAUCUUCCGAAAGCCAUUGCAGCCGCUCACACCUUUCUACUGAAGCAUCCUGAUGAUGAAAUGAUGAAGAGAAACAUGGCUUAUUACAAGAGCUUGCCUGAUGCUGAGGAUUACAUUAAAGACUUGGAAACCAAGUCCUACGAGAGCCUGUUCAUCCGUGCCGUGCGGGCAUACAACGGUGAGAACUGGAGGACAUCCAUCACAGACAUGGAGCUGGCCCUUCCUGACUUCUUCAAGGCCUUUUAUGAGUGUCUCGCAGCCUGUGAGGGCUCCAGGGAGAUCAGGGACUUCAAGGAUUUCUACCUUUCCGUAGCAGAUCAUUAUGUAGAAGUUCUGGAAUGCAAAAUACAGUGUGAAGAGAACCUCACCCCAGUUAUAGGAGGCUAUCCAGUGGAGAAAUUUGUGGCUACCAUGUAUCAUUAUUUGCAGUUUGCUUAUUAUAAGUUGAGCGACCUGAAGAAUGCGGCCCCCUGUGCGGUCAGCUACCUGCUCUUUGACCAAGAUGACAAGGUCAUGCAGCAGAAUCUGGUGUAUUACCAGUACCACAGGGACAAGUGGGGCCUGUCAGAUGAGUAUUUCCAGCCCAGGCCGGAAGCAGUUCAGUUCUUUAAUGUGACUAUACUCCAGAAAGAGCUGUAUGCCUUUGCUAAGGAAAAUAUAAUGGAUGAUGAUGAGGGAGAGGUUGUGGAAUACGUGGAUGACCUCUUGGAGCUGGAGGAGACCGGCUAGUCCGUAGCUGCCAAAGAGACUGCCCCUCGAUGUUCAGGAAACACAGAUUCUUUGUCCUUUUCCCAGUAACCCAAGUUGUUGAUACCUCAAAGCCUUCUCUUUACUGUACAAAGUGAAAGGGAAGCCCCCGUCUCUCACUAUAUAUAACAAGGGGUGAGCCUGCCUUCCCACACCCGCCUCCCCACCUUCACACCUGCCUUCCCAUCUUCACACCCAUCUUCCCAUCUUCACACCUGCCUUCCCCACCUUCACACCUGCCUCCCCUUCUUUAUACCUGCCUUCUCCACGUUCAUACCUGCUUUUCUAACCAUUUUGGUUGGAAGGACUGCCUUCCAUGUUUCCCUCCCUCCACCCCACCCAGAAAAUCAGUAUUAUUUUUUAAAUAAGAAAAAUAUUCCUAAAAGAUGAUGAUUGUGAAAAUCUACUUUGACCUUUCUGCUC